AUGCACACUCGACUGGUUGGCAAAGGCCUCCGUAUAUUAGCGUUCCCCUGCAACCAAUUCGGCGGACAGGAACCCUGGGCGGAAGCGGAGAUUAAGAAGUUUGUGACUGAAAAGUAUGGCGUCCAAUUCGAUAUGUUUUCCAAGAUAAAAGUCAAUGGGUCUGACGCUGAUGAUCUCUAUAAAUUUCUUAAAAGUAGACUACAUGGUACCCUAACAAAUGAUAUUAAGUGGAACUUCUCUAAAUUCCUUAUAGAUCGUCAAGGCCAACCGGUUAAAAGAUAUUCUCCUACAACUGCCCCAAAUGAUAUUGUAGGAGAUAUCAUGGAGCUUUUGGAAAAGAAGUGA